AUGAACUCCACCAAAUCAGUCGCAUUCAUCGGCGCCAGCGGCGGAGUCGGCCUGUCAGCACUAAAGCACACCCUUGCUGCAGGCUAUCAAUGCAUCGCACUUUGUCGAACUCCCUCCAAACUCACCGCAAUUUUCCCAGAGGGUUCCACAUCUAACCUGAAGAUCGUCGAGGGAAACGCGCAUGAUAUCAACGCCAUGACCCAGAUCCUCGAUGCAGGAAACGGAAACCUAGUCGACUACAUCGUUUCAACCAUCGGCAGCCGACCGAUCUUGAGAAAGAUGACCAUCGAAGACCCAAACUGCUGCCGCAAUGCCAUGGACACGAUGCUGAAAGCUCUCGCUCAGCUUCGAGAGUCCGGCAUCACGGGUCAGCCGCACAUCAUCCCUUUCAGCACGACUGGAAUGUCAAAGUACGGCCGCGACUACCCGAUCGUACUGGCGUUUAUGUACCUUGUGGUGCUUAAGGUGCCUCACGAAGACAAGAAGGUCAUGGAGAGCCAGCUUAUCGAAAGUGGUGAGCCUUAUACCAUCGUUCGUGGGAGUCUUCUAACGGACGGCGAGACGAACCGCACAGUGAGGGUUGGUAUUGAGGAUCCCUGGACUGGUCGCCAAUCCGAGGCGAUUGGGUAUACCAUCACCAGGGAGGAUGCUGGGAAAUGGAUGGCGGAGAACCUCAUAUUCAAGAGGGAUGAGCAGUAUAACAACAAGAUUCUGAUGAUCACGACCUGA